UAAACGGGCUGCUUCUCGGCGACAGUGGAUACCCACUGAAACACUGGCUGAUGACGCCUAUAAUUGCUCCGAGGACUGAGCAAGAACGACGGUAUAACACCAUCCACACCACCACUAGGUCACUCGUUGAGCGGUGCAUCGGAGUCCUCAAGCGCAGGUUUCAUUGUCUUCAUGGAGAGAUGCGGAUGCACCCUGAGCAAGUCUGCACCGUAAUAGCAGCGUGCACUGUCCUCCACAACAUCUGUGUCACCAAGAGGAUCCCUCUUCCUAGGCAACACCAUCAGCCGGUGCCGGAGGAAGGUAUCGACCCUGUGGACCAUGCAGGGCAUGAAGAUGUCGGUGGACGACUAGUCCGUACACGCAUUAUUAAUGCUUUAUAAAUGUUAAAAAUAAUUCUGUCAAUUAUCUGCAGGUUGUAAACCAUACAAAUAAGCCACAAAGAAAGUCCAGUAGGUCUAUAAUAAACUUCUUUUUUUAUUGUCAUUGAUUCAUUGUACACAAUUUGCCAUUAGGCUUAUUUACAGA